AUGUCUACUACAUUAAUGAAAUCCGGGUGUUUUUCGCAAAUUCCAUUGCUAUCAAUUAUUCGUCGUACACCUCAUGUAUACUCUUGUAAAACUCUUUCUACAACCAAUUUACAUCAAUGUUCAGAUAAGUAUUGUGUUGGAAAGGUGAGAACUUCAUGUGCUGAGAUAAAAACGACAUUUAAUGAAGAAGACAGAUCAAAGUCAUAUUCAACAGGACUAUCACAUCAGUUGUAUCCUUCUGCAGAGAAUCAAGGCAGAAACGUUCACAGCCAUGAUUGUUCAUUUCCAUCAGAUGAUAUAUCUGAUAAAUGGAUUUCUAAUGCAUUGGAGUCUUCUUCCCGUGCUUCUUCAACAUCGAUACCUUCAACAUCUUGUCCAACUACAGUAGACUUAGUUAUCACCCAACCAUCUCCAGUUCUUCUACUUCUAAAGCAUUAUUCAUCGAUUGCUGCAGGUCUGUCGAAGGCACGUCUUUCUGGCUUAGUUGUGUCGACAGCGUUAGUUGGUUGUGGUUUGGCCGCUUCUACAAGUUUAGUAUCUCCUGAAUUUCUUGAACAUUGUUAUCGUACCACAUGUUGUUUAGCUGUUGGAACUAUGCUGACUAGUUCCGCGGCGAAUUCAGUUAAUCAGAUUAUUGAAAUUCCCUAUGAUAGUCAAAUGACGCGGACAAAGAAUCGUGUACUCGUUCGUGGCUUGACAACACCUGGUAGAGCAGCUCUUUUCGCUUUAGCUUGUUCCAGUUCUGGAUUGGGUUUACUCUAUUUCGGUGUUAACCCCCUGGUGGCUGAAUUAGCUGCUAUGAAUAUGCUCUUAUACACGUGUAUAUAUACACCAAUGAAACAAGUGAGCCAUCUGAAUACAUGGAUUGGAGCUUGGGUUGGUGCUAUUCCCCCGUUGAUGGGUUGGGCUGCUGCCACUGGACAAUUACAAUGCGGUUCUAUAAUGCUAGCCAGUCUACUCUAUGUAUGGCAAUUCCCACAUUUCAUGGCACUCAGUUGGAAUAUGCGUGGAGAAUACUCAAAAGCUGGUUAUACAAUGACAUCAAUAGUUGAUCCGGAAAUGUGUAAACGUGUCGCACUUCGACAUGCUAUCGCUUCAAGUUUAGUCUGUCUAGCCGGUGCUGGAUGCAGUGCGAUCAGUUUAGGCCCAUGGGCUGGUUGUGCUCUGGGCAUAGGCUCACUACCAGCCAAUAUUGGUUUAAUUUAUUAUGCCUGGAAAUUCGCCUAUACAGAUUCAUCCAGUGGUACAUCAUUAGAUGCAAAGUGCUCUGCAUCAUCGGCUGCAGCAAGACGUCUAUUUCGAGCUACACUCUUCCACUUGCCUGUAGUUAUGCUCACUGUGUUAGUUGGGGCGUAUUGUUCUAUUAAUUCUGGACAUGCGUAA